ACCACCUACUCUCACACACCCUUUCGAACUGUAUGAUUCACUAUGGAAUUCCAAGUAGCUUUCAGGGAUGAACCAUACAUCACCACUUGGAUUUGGUCAUUUUUAUUAUCUAAACUUUGUCAAUGCCGGCCUCUCUACUCACUAUAAAUACUUGUAGCUUCACCUUCACUUUUGUCUCGCACUGCAUAAGUUUCAAAGAAUCAUCUAAUACUAACAAGAUUAUGGCUAAGCGUUUCAAGCUUAAACUCUCUCGUGUCAUUCCUUCAUUUCAAAUCUGUCGAUCCAAAAAUGCUUCAGAAAUUCCAGUCCCAGUAAUCUAUCGGGUAUCGCCUUUCAACCCAAAGGCACUUGAUAUCAAUUACCCUAAACUCCCAGACCCACCACCGUCAACACCAGAUACUUACAAACGCCAUCUGUCAGGGAAGAAAGCUUCCGUUGGCUGCAGAUGCCAAGCAAGAUCACUCGCACAGUAUCUAGCUGAUUGCAGCUUCGACUCCCUGGAUUUUGCACGGGAGAAAGAAGCUUAUGAGCGGCGCCCCACCAAACUUCACCCAUAUAUGGAGAGUAUAUCAUUUUCCGAUGAGAGUAACGGGAAUAUUUCACCGAUUAUAGCAUCUGCUAGCCGGAAGAACAAGAAGAAAGAGGACAGGAAAGAUUCCAAUAAGGGUGAAAUGGCUGUUUCAUGGGAAGAUGGUGGUUGCAGCUUUAGCAGCGAGGGUAAAGAAAAUGAAGUAGAAACUGAAACCCUUCUCUUUCCUUCAAGAAGCUUCUCAUAUGAUUCCUCGUAUGACUUCUGCUAUCCGUUUGUGAAUACCACAACCAAGAAAACAGACAACGGAAACAAGAAAACAGGUGGAAUGAAAAUUCGAAAACUCAAACGCCAGGUUUCCAAGAACCAGAAGUUGUCGUCUCCAGAAGUUAUUUCUCCGAUGAGAGCAUCAGUUCUGCGGAAGAUGAUAUCAUGCACGGCAGAUGGGAAGGUGAAGGAGAGCGUAGCGGUGGUGAAGAAAUCAAAGGAUCCUUACGAGGACUUCAAAAGGUCCAUGCUAGAGAUGAUAUUGGAGAAGCAGAUGUUUGAGGCCAAGGAUCUGGAGGAACUUUUGCAUUGUUUUUUGUCCUUGAAUUCCAGGCAAUAUCAUGGAGUUAUUGUGGAGGCCUUCUCGGAUAUUUGGGAGACCCUGUUCUGUGAUUCUCCUGCAAAGAAGCGAAAUUCCGUGCAUUUCUAGGUUUAAAAACUGAGGAAGGUCAAAGAGAAAGCGAUUUCUUUUUUUCUUUUAUGGAAUUAGUUUUUCUGGAGAUGAGUGCUUUUAAGGGAUAACUAUUUUUUGCUAUUACAAGAUGUUCUUGUUGCUACUUUAAUUAUGAACUUUUCUUCUGAAAAAAGAUUAUGAAUUUUUCUCCCCUUGGGAUAUUCCUGUUAUAAAUGAAGU